UUGGUGGUCAAGGCAAAAGAAAACUCAAUCAAAGCCAUUUCCAGAAAAAAAAAAAAAAAAAAAACAAACUGUAAAACCCUUGAGAGUUAACAUAUUGUUUCAAUAAUCGGAAAAAAAUGGCAAUGGCUCUAACUGUGAGAAAAGCAGCAGGAGCUUCAACGCUGAUCAAAUUACUCAGCUCCAAAUCACAAUUUACUACUGCUGCACCUUCAGUCAGACGCCUUUUUUCUUCUACUAGCACCACAGAUUCAAAUUCCUUGAGCAACGAGGACGGGAAAUCUACUGAGCCAAUUCUGGUGACGGGUGCUCCACAAAAAUUCAAGAUGGAGAACCCAUUUCAGUCAGCAGGGCCAAAGGAAGUGCUGGAAGUUGAUACAGUGAAGGAUGGUAUACUUGUGAGAGUGGCAAUGCCUGGUGUUAGUGAAGAUGGGAUUAAGGUGUGGUUAGAGGACAACACAGUUUACUUCACCGGCAGAGGAGAAAUUGAAGUGGAAUCCGAGGACUCGGGGAGGAAAUAUGGUGGGAGUCUUGAGUUCAGCACUGAUUGCUGUAAAGCUGAGAAGGUUGAUGCACAAAUGAAAAAUGGUAUUCUUAGAAUGGUAAUUAAAGGUGAGAUGGGACAAGAUUGACUUUUGUUAAUCUUGUUGAUAUAUUCUUAGACAUGAUGUAUGAAAACUUUGGUAGUAUUUGGGAAAAUAUUUGAUCAAAGGUCUAAUACUGUAUGUUGGUUGUUGGGACAAGAUUGACUUUUGUUAAUCUUGUUGAUAUAUUCUUAGGCAUGAUGUAUGAAAACUUUGGUAGUAUUGGGGAAAAUAUCUGAUCAAAGGUCUAAUACUAUAUGUUGGUUGUUGGGACAGGAUUAACUUUUGUUAAUCUCGUUGAUAGUUAUUUCUCAAGAAGAAAAAGAGAGGAUCUGUUGAAUUUCAA